UUUUAGGAAUGCUCGCGUCGGGGCUGCGCCGGGGCGCCGGGGCGGCGGCUGGGAGGUUAAAUCGAGCGAUCUCCGCCAACAUUCUCACAUCGCUGCUGCGCUGCCACAGCUCGCAGGUCUGUCGGAUUUCUAGUUCCACGAUCGUGUCUCGAGCUUGGAUUCCUGCAUUGCCUGUUUAUCCGGGCGGGGCGACGAGCCAGGAAUACGUCGCUGCUGCCAGGAAUUUCUCCGUCCAGGCCCGGGUCGAGAAUGAAGAGAUUGACGGUUUCUCCGUUCUUGCCAAAAUGGUUGAGCCGGAGUUCGAUGUGUUACAAGCGGUCGUGAAGUGGACAGAGAAGGGGCACGUUUUGUCCAGCGAAACUUUGGCCAGGCUCGCUACUUGGAUGGUCGAGAAGAGAAGGUUUGUCCAAGCUCUCAAGCUCUUGACAGGUGCUAGAGAAAGCAGACUAGCAGAGGUGUCAGGCCAACUCCUUGCACUGGAGUUGGAUUUGCUAAGCCGUCAGUACAAAUGCAGUCGUGUGGAGGCUAUUUACAACACUUUCCCUGAGGAGCUGAGGACGGCUGACGUGAACAGAGCGCUGCUUUCGAGCUUUAUAAGGGACAACCGGGUGGAGAAGGCAGAAAAAUUCUUGGAGAAAGGCAAAGUUUUGGACACCGAGGGAUGGAACGUCGUGCUAGACAUGUACUUGGCACGGGACAAACACAGGAAGCUCUUCAAAAGUUUGACGAGGAUGAAGGAGUCUGGGGUCGAGCCAGACGCUAAAACGUACAGGAUACUUCUGGUUUGCAGGGACGCCGCCGGUGGCUUUGAGGGAAUCGAGGCAGACGCUCGAAAACGUCUGGAGGAGAUUGACAUUGGUAGUGCUCAAGCAGGAGUUCUCGAGGAGAUGCUCGAAGUUUAUGGUCAUCUCCGAGAGAUGGAGGCUGUGGACAGGAUAUGGAGCGCUCUUAAGGAAAGCCACCAGGUUGCCAAGGCCUGCUACGUGACGGCCAUGAAAGCAUUCGGAGUGGCUGGUGAUGUGUCCCGUGCGGAGAAGGUCUUCCAGGAGCUGCUGGCUAUCACGACGAGCUUCCCGAAUCGCAAGCACAAUCCAUACGCUGCUAUGGUCGAUGUUUAUGCGAGGGCCGGGUUGAUGGACGAGGCGGAGAAACUCCUCAAGGACAAGGCCGACGAGGAACUCAAAGACAGUUUUUGGUGUUACGAGUCUCUCGUUGCGGGCUACCUUUUGAAAGGCGACGCAAAGAACGCCCUGGGGAAGUUCAAGGGUGGUCUAGCUGCCGUGAAGAAGGGACCAACAAAGCUCGAGUACAAGUCCGUGAUGGGUUUGCUAGCGGCUCUGGCCUUGAGGAGAGACGUGGAUGAAGCCGAGAAGGUGAUGGGUCACUACAGCUCCCUGUUUGGAGAGGCCCCUGUCUACAACCAGCUGCUCAAAGUCUACAUUGCUGCCGGCAAAACUCCGAAAGAAUUCAAGGAGAGAAUGCUAGAGAGGUUUGUGGAGCCCGACGAGGAGACUGAGAAGCUGUUACAGAACGUGGUAGCAGAGGUUUAAGUAGGGUUUUAGGAUUCGAGAUGGGCACUGCUGCCUGGUGGAUAUGGAAGAGGCCAGCAGCAGCUUUUUGCAA